CAAGCUUUUCCGGAUAAACGCACCCACAUUACAUUCACUGAGUUGAAAAUGGCCGCUUAAGAGUUAUCGUUAUCAUCCGUGUAAUAAAAAAUGUGCCUUUUUAAAAUGGAAUCAAUCGAAAUACUUGUCAACAGCAAUCUGGAAGAAUUCACUGAAAUCAAUUCAUUUAUUUCGCAAACAAACAGCAAAAAACGUAAAGAUUUCGAGUGUUUUAAAGUUUGGAACGACACACAGGGCAUUAAUCAAGUCUGCAGAGUUUGUCCUUGCUUGACUCAGAGAAGAGGGACAUCACGACUGUUGAUGCACGUCUGUUGAUUCCCUCAUGGAAAUAACACCUAGACGUUCAUUAUCCCUGAACCUCGAGACGACAAACAAUUAUUUCGGCAUCUCCACCCCGGCCAAAGAGAUGUGGCCCACCCAAAGUAUGAAGACCCUAGAUGCCACCCCCUCGGGCUACAAAAUGAAUCACUCCCUGAGUAUGGACGACACCCGGGUGACACCAUCCCUGCAGAAAAAGGAUAAUACAAUUCUCAGGAGUAUGAUUGGUAUAUUCGGAUCACUCGGAAGUAUUGUUUCCAAAAUUCCCAGUCUGAUGACCUCCAUAAACAAUCCCCUAUCAGUCACAGUGGUCUCUAACGAGGGAAUCAUAUCCCCAGAGUACAUUCUGAAGAAUUUGACCACAAGUGGUGGCCACGAGGACCCCGAGUCCCUCAAGUUAUUCAACGAUAUGCCAGACAGUCCCUCCUACACCACGAAAUCAAACAUCGCUGAGAUAAUCGCCGAUAGAGUUGGUGGCAAGGGUUUCCUAGAUGUUAAUAACUUCGCCAAGAGUUGGAUGGAGGGCCUGCAGAAUGCCCAGGACUCGAUAAAUUCUAUCAACGAGUCCAAAGACCUAGAUUUGGCCAUCCAGGAGAGCCUCAGGCACAUGAAAAGUCAGCAAAACAAUCUAGAAGAUAUGAUAUCCGAGACCAAACCACAGGGAAAAAUACCCGAGGAUCAAUCAGAGGUAAAUUCAGAUAUUAACCAAAAUAUUGAUAAUAUUGAAAAAUACGUGAGAAUAGAGGAAAAUGGAGAAACGGAUAAUACAGAUAGAUUUGAAGACAGAAAUUGCAAAAUUAUGUGUGAAAGUCGUCCUGGUGUUUCGUCCGCAGCGAUAGUCGACGAGACUAUGGACAUAACAGACUGGGAAAUUCCCCCCAAGAGCCCUCAUCUCCAAAAGACACGACGAAAACCCAGCGCAAUAGCCCGAAGCAGAGCGAAAACCCGUGGUAAAUAUCAGCUGAGGAAGUCUGGGGUGAGUCAGACCAAGCACAGGAAAGAGAGGACAAAGCAGAAUCUCUACUCGAAUAUUCAGGAUGAUUUGAAUGCCUGGGAUGAUGACUCUGAGGAGGAAGUAAAUUGUCGUUUGCCAAUGGUCAACGACUGCAGGGAUACAGACGAACAUCAUACACCGGACUAUCCCUUGUUCAUGGAAACCUUCGUCAUUGGGAAGGCGAGGACUAAGAGGAGGGGCCCUGAAAGAGGAAAAUUGUCAUACAGGGUGAGAUACCUUCCGGAGUCCAAGGAGGACGUCCCUGUUACACAGGACUUGCGACAGAGAUUACUCUCGGAGAGCUCUAUCGAUUCUGAAGACAGUUGUUUCAUUGUCUUUGAGGAUGGAUCAACGUCUGAGUCAGAGGACUCUGAGUCUGUCAGUUCAGAGGACUGUUGUCAAAGCGAUGAGGGCGAUUUGAGGGACAGCAGCGAUGAGGGCGAUUUGAGGGACAGCAGCGACGAGGACGAGGAGGACACGACCGAGCAAAAGGUCCGCUUCAACCUCGAGCCAACGAUUCACACGAUGAUACAAUGGAACUACGCGUAUCGUGCUGCACGUAGAGGUCCCUGGGAGGAAAUGGCCCGAGAUCGAGAGCGUUUUCGAGUUAGAAUAAAUUGUAUUGGACGUGUGCUGGAGCCCAUCCUGACUGCUAAACACCGUGAAUGCAUUUGGCACGAUCGUUUUUUCGUCAACGAGACGAUUCAAAAAAUCGAGUAAAAAGCCUUAAAAAUUUCAAUAUAUUUCACGAGUGAAAAUAAAACGAGAACUAAAAUCAAUUUUUCAUCAUUAUAGGAGAAGAAUUCUAAAAAGACUAAGUUUGUUAUUAUAAUUUAAGAAAAUAUUGUAUUGGUUCUAGACGCACGGGUGUAAUAUGGUGGAGGAUUAUAAAUUAUCAGCGAAUUAAUUUAAUGAUUUCGUGGACCAGAAGUUGCCCUUAUUUAAACAAAUAAUUAUUUAUCCGUUUAUUCCGUAAACUAUAAACUAGGGUAAUGGGGCUCGCAGAAGGAUCAAUAUUUGUAUUAAAUUUAAUAACAAGCUGUUGUGUCAUCAUUCUCUUCGGAUCUCUUCAACAGUUCGUUCUCGGCUUGUAAAUACAGGAUAAUAUACGAUGUAAAAGUUUUUUCAUAGUUAAUACACACUUCGCUUGAGGUAAUUCGAAGAGAUCGUUGCUCACUUGUUGACUCUUUCGUUACCAUGGCAAUGGCGAGAGGUAUAAUUUAUUUAAUAAAUUUUCGAACCACAUUUUCGUUAAUUAAAAUUGUUAUUCAGAAAAUUGUUGAGAUUUCUCAAUAUGUCUUCUACAAUUUUCAAGUGCAAUUUAUGAAAAUUCAUCGAUGUUGAAUAUUUAUUAAAUGAAGGUCGUCGUUCUCUCCCACUCUAGCUUCUGCAAAUAGUUAAAUCCUCAAGGAAGUAAUUUAUAAUUCAGUAACAAAGUCGUAAAGUCGGGUAACUUCAAUAAUCAUGUUUAUUAAUUAUUGAUUCGUAUCGAAAACUAUUGAUUUAUGGUGCAAACACUAAAGGACUUUUUUUGUAGCUGAUUAAAUAUCCAACGAAAAAUAUCUCUUAAUAUUUCCACCUAAUAUUGAUAGUUUUUUCAGAUUGAGCGAUAUUUAACAACAGGGUGAAGUUCGACUUGUCUAGUUUAAUGACUUUAUUUCUGAAUGAGACUAGGAUAAUUCAAUCGCGUUAUAAAGUACCUACACCAUAUUCAUCUGAUACUUGUAUAAAUAUAAUGUAUAAUCGAACGAAUUGUUCGUCUAGAUAAGUGUAAAGAAAUUCAGCUUGUAAAAUGAAAGAAGGAUAUUCCAAAACAUUUUGAUUUGUCUCUAUCGUUUAAAAAUUAUCUGCAUAAAUUAAUGUUUUUAAAUCACGGUCAGACUAGUUAAAUGACAAAAGAUAAAUUGUAAUUACAGUUACCUGUGUUAAUCAAUAAAAUAAUAUUCACAAUGGA